AUGGCUUUGACAAACUUCAUACUGACUGUUGCUGGUGUAAGUGCGGUGGUUCUUCUGCUGAGGAGUGAUGUGAAGCAAUCAGCUACCAUCUUCAGGCGCAAUGUCAAACAUAUCCGUAAGUGGCUUGAAGAAGAAUCUGCUAAUGCCCCCAAGAUUUUCUCUCAGAAUCACCAAGGAACUGGAAUCAAAAGUUUCACCAAAGGAGGUCCCCAAGGAGGACAAGCACUAGUGUCGAUAUGGGCAUCCUGGGUUGUUCACAACCGUUGGCUAUUCGUUCCUUUUCUUUAG